GGGCCGUGGCCUCCGGCGUCGCGAGCCGGGCCUUCUUCCCCUGCGUGCGCUCUCCGGGCCCGACUCCCCAGCACAGGCGAGUCUCGUCUCCUUCGAGGGGUGCACUGCUGCCACCCAAAGUGCUUGUAUAUUUGAUGUUCGGUGUCUCAUUGCUUCCUCUGCACAAGGCUGGAAGCUUUCAGAGAAUGGCUGUGCUUAAUCAGGCAUCUGUCUUGCAUAUGAUUAAAGAGUUUAGAAGGAACCGGCAUGCUCUCUGUAACUCUGAAAGAGCUACUUUAUGUGGUGCAGACUCCAUGCUCCUGGCUCUGCAGCUUUCCAUGGCGGAGAACAAUAAACAGCACAAUGGAGAAUUUACAGUCAUGCUCAGUGAUGUCUUACUGACAUGGAAAUACCUAGUACACGAGAAGCUGAACUUACCCAUUGAAAAUAUGGAAGUGGUUGAUCAUUAUGAGGACAUUAAGAAGACUUACGAUGAUUUCUUGAAGAAUAGUAAUAUGUUAGAUCUGAUUGAUGUCUAUAACAAAUGCCAGAUUUUGACUUCUAACUGUGAAAAUAAUAGCAUGAUAAAACCUAUGCAGCUACGGGAUUUUCUGUGUGGCAACGAGUGUGCAGUUGAUGCAGUUGAUGAUGAAACCAAUCUGUGUACACCAACAUCACCAAGGAAACACAGUCAGGACUGUGAAAAGGUACUAGUGAAGAAAAUUAUUUUUUCAUAUUUGAACGUGCUAGUGAAUUCUAAGGAUGACUUGGCUCUGGCUCAUAUUCUCAAUAUUCCUGAUAGAGGACUGGGAAGAGAAGCCUUCACUAAUUUGAAACAUGCUGCUCAAGAGAAACAGAUGCCUAUCUUUUUGGUGGCCACGUCGUUUAUUAGAAUGAUGGAGCUUGGAGGAAAAGGAUAUGCCCCCUCACCGUCCGACCCUCUAAGGGCGCAUAUCAAAGGAUUGUCCAGUUUUAUUAACUUCAUUGACAAGUUAGAUGAAAUUCUGGGAGAAGUGCCAAAUCCAAGCAUUGCAGGUGGUCGAAUACUCUCAAUGAUAAAGACACAGCUGAGCAAAGGCCGGAACAAUGGGGAUCCUUUUUAUAAAGCAGUGGAGGAAGUUGUUCAGGAUUUGGAUUUGAGGAUUAAAAAUAUUAUCAAUUCUCAACAAGAAAGAACUGUUGUUAGCACCACUGACACCAGUCCUGCACGGCCAAAAUCUUUUGCAAUAAACCAUGACACUGCAUACUGCGGCCGAGACACCAUAAAAACUCUAGUCCUCCUCCUGGAUGAAGAGGCAGCCAGUGCUCCCACCCGGAACAAAGCAGCACUUUUGUGUGAUGAUGGAGACACAGUUCCUCAUGGUGGAACUCCUCUCCUCACUCUCUUCAGGUCUCCCAUACAAGUGAAGAAUACAUCAGUGAAACCUUUAAGAGAACGCAUCCUUAAGACAAUGCAAGAGGAAAAAAAUAAGAUGAAGCAGACCUUAAUCAGAUCUCAGUUUGCUUGCACUUACAAAGAUGACUACAUGACCAACAAGGAUAAAUGGAGUGUUAACUCAGCAUCAAAAUCUUCCUGCCUUUUCCCCUUGGAACAUGACCUUUUUGAGAGUGCAAGUUCAUCCGAUGGGAGGUCAACAAUUGAAACAAGUUCUGGAAAUGUUCAUCUGGGCAGAAGUAAAAAUGACAAAAUAUUAAGCAAAUCAAGUAGUCAGACAGGAAAUAAAAGCUCGAAAAGGAAACAGGUGGAUUUGGAUGGUGAUAAUUUUGUUGGUGACAAUGGACCUGAACCACUUCAACAUAAACAUAAUAAGAUACCCACAUCAUCAGAUGACUCACAGAAGAAGUGUGGCAAACCAGCCCAGCCAACCAAACGUCGUCAGUGCAGUGCCAAGGACAAGCUGAUUCCUGGGCAGACCAAGUUAUCUCAGUUUUUUAGACUCUGACUCUUGAUUUAUGUGUCUGUAAAACUUUUCUCCAAAGCUGCACACUCACUCACUGUCAAAAGAUCCAGCUGUAAACUCUGAUGCAUCAUUAUUUUAUUUUGAGUGUAUGUAUGUACAGUGUGUUCCCAUUGUUCAAAAAUACCACAAAGUCAUAAGUAUGCAGCAUCAUCACAAUUUAAUGUACAACAAAAGGCAGGUCAUUAAAUUACAAUAUAUCUUAAUAACUAGUUUCUUUUAAAGCAAACAUUUAAAACAAUACAGAAGUUAUAGUAAUGCUAUGGACUUUUCUUUCCAAUUGCAGCUAAAUUCUUUUUCUUCUGAAAAAGUGAUGUGGACCAACAGGUAUCAGACUUGCCAACAAGGUCUGUAGACUCUUCCCAGCAUACACCUGAGCACUAGAGAGAGGAAAAAAAGUUUGUUUUAUUUAAAGAAUAUAAUUACCAUAUAAAGCUAAUAAAAAUGGGGUUCUGUUGUCACUACUUCUGAAUAAGCCAAAAUUAUAAUAACUAGAUGCCUUAUAAUCCCAUAAUCUUGACAGGGGUCACUUAAUAUCAAGCAGAAUUGAACCAUGGUUUUACUUUGAAUGUGUUCUGAUUAGUCCAAAUCAGUUAAACUCAGAGCUCUUUUGAAAGCUUUAAUGUGGAAGGAUUGAAUGUUCAAAUGGCUACUCACUGUCAAAAUCUCUCCUUCCUAUGGGAAAUUUAGCUGAGUUUUCUUCAUCCCCAAUCUGUCUCUUUUCUUGUGUUGCUUCAGUAUUCUGAACUCCAUUCUCAGCUGGAAAAGCUACUGGUCCUUUCAGUGCCAGAUAAGGUUUAAUGGGCAGAUUCAGCGGCAAGCCAUGGUUUAUGAAGGUGUGUUUCGAGCCUGUGUUCUGCAAAAGAAGACUAACUUGUACUCAGCUGCCUUUCUCAGAACAGAGCUACCACAUAGUUGUACACUAUCGAUCAAUUCUAAGAUGCUCCGCAAAGUGCUUUGUUGUGAAUGUAACUUAGAUACAAGUUUCCUGAGAAGGAAAGCCCUUUUGGUUGUCUUAUCUAAAUGGUACUCUCUGGGAUGGAGAACUUCCUGAUUUAUAUAUAUAUAUAUAAUUUAACUAGUUCCUUUAAGAGUUUCGUACUCUACCAACUGAGCUAGCUGGGCUAACUAGUUCUUUUAAUGCAUAUGUAGCUAUAUUUUCGUAUAUUUCUGUUUGAAAUAUUUAAAUGCCAGUUUUACUUUUUGAAUGAUUUAUGAUUUUAUAAAGUCAUUUUCAUUCCCAUUGCAGUGAAGAUAACCAUAUGGCCACUUACCUUUGAAUUUUUGCUUUCCUCGUCAUUCAAGAAACUACUCUCAUCAUUUUUGUAUUGUUCCAGAGAAGGAGCAGCAGCUGAUCUUUCUGCAGAAUCUUCCUUCUGAAAGGCUUUCCCCAUCCUGAAUGUGUUAAACACCAUGUCAUCUUCUAAGUUCCUUAUGGACUUGGAAGCUGAAAGUAGAACACCUUGAGAAAGCAGAGAAAAAGUCAGUAUUAAUAUGUAGGGAGAGAGACUCAUUUUUGCCAUCCUUAGCUUGAUGCUUGCAGAAAGUCAAGCAAGGACGUGUAACAUGAAGAUUCCACAGUCAUCCUGCCUACGGACUCCCUACUUUAUAUAUUUUCCAGCUUGAAUAGAAAACACUUCACAGACUUACCCUCUCAUCAUUUAGAAAUGACUCAUCACAUAGAGGCUUGCCUUUUGAAUAGCUGCUAAUGCCUACAUUGUUUUGGUUUUAGUGGCAUAUUAUUUGAGUGUGAAUUUUCUCAGAAUCUGAUUAAGGUCUUUGAUGGAACACUGUUAAGUAGAUUAUGGCCUCUUGAAAAUGGGUUGUUAUUAAGGAAGACCACAGGACACUAGGCUCUCAUAUUAUUAUUGUCUUCUGUGUAUUUUCUGAUUAAAACACUAAAACUCAAGUUACUUCAUUCAAGGAUGAUAAGGAUAAAAGUUUUACUUGUUUUUAAUCCUGAUUAAGUUGAAAUAAUCUUCAGAAAGGAUUUUCUUUUCAUUAAUACUGGAUACAGUCUUCAGCAACUGAAGUGCAUAGACUUGUCAGGGUGAGCAAAAGGCCAUUCAAGUUUCAACUAAAACUAACUUGUCAGGUGAGUUUUCUCCCUGUGUUUACAAGGGGAUAAUACUGACGUUUAGUAGUGCAUUUAGCAAUUAAUAGAGAAAAUGUCCAUGAAAAGAAUUUUUAUGUUCUCCGCAGGUAUCAAUUUUAGA